AUGCAUCUUACGGCUCUUACCCUGGCUUUGGCUACCACCGCCGUCGCGGCAAAGAACUCCACCCAGCCGUACUCGACAUGGAUGGCUACUUCCUUUUUGUCCAAGGGCCAGAAGAUCGACAACCACUACGUCUCCUCCGUCAUUCGUGAGGGCAUUCAGAAAGCUGCCGUAACCCAAAACGACACUGCUCUGCUUGAGUAUGCCUCCGAGGCGGUCUCGUCCGUUGUCACCUCGAACGGUACCAUCAAGGGCUGGAACGCAACUUUCUACACAUUGGACGAUAUCCGGUUUGGCAACAACAUCCUCUACUUCUGGAACUCGGAAGGACGCAAGGACGAGAAAUACGUUGUUGCGGCCAAGGGUCUCCGAGAGCAGCUGAACCGAUGGCCGCGCACCCCCACCGGCGGCUUCUGGCACAGGGCCCCAACUUAUGAGAACCAGAUGUGGUUAGACGGCAUCUACAUGGCCGAUACCUUCUACGCGACCUACACUUCGUACUUCGAGCCCAACAACGUCACAGCCUGGAACGACAUCGAGUUGCAAUUCGACCUCAUCGAGGAGCACUGCCGAAACGAGACGACCAACCUGCUGUACCACGGCUACAGCGAGGACAAGUCGACUGUAUGGGCUGACCCCGUCACCGGCGCCUCGCCAUACGUCUGGGACCGUGCUCUGGGAUGGUACUUCGUUGCGCUUGUCGAGGUUCUAGAAGUCUUCCCCAAGACACACAAGGGCUACUCCAAGCUCGUCGACUACUUCGUCACACUUGCCUCCGGUAUCAACGACGUGCAAGACACCAGCGGCGGAUGGUGGCUGCUCAUGGACCCGGAACUUGCUGGAAGGGAAGGCAACUACAUCGAGUCGAGCGCAACCGCCAUGUUCACCUACGCGUACAUGAAGGGUGUCAGGCUCGGUUUGUUGGAGAAGAAGUACCAGCAGACUGCGUCCAAGGCGUGGGAUCUGAUGUUGGACGAGUUCAUCCAGUACGAGAAGAACGGCACCAUCAGCUUUACUGGCACCGUGACUGUGGGAAGUUUGAAGGGCGAUGCGUCUUACGAGUACUACACCGGUGUUGAGACCCUGACCAAUGAUGUAACCCUACCUUCAAACCUCACCUCCACCUCCCCAAAAAUGUCCCUCAUAUCCUCCGCCGCCUCCCCAAGCGCAACAGGCACUUCGUGCACCACAGCCGACUUCUCCGUCUUCCCCACACAAGACAUUUUCUGCGGCGUAGGCAGCACAACAGGCGUUGCGUCCAACACAUCCGACGCACUCAAACAAUGCUGCAAAGACGCGCCGGUCGAGGAAUUCAACGGCUCCUGCGGAUACUACUGUCUCAGCUACGAACAGACGGUUGCUGAUCUGCGCACUUGCUUCAUGGAUAAUGGGGUUAACCCGAGGGACAUCCUUUGCUCGGGGAAUAAUACUGCGAGUGCGACGGGCACGCCUAGUGGAGGUGCGAGUCGCACGUCUGGUGGUAGUGGGCCGGAUGCGACGGGCGAGGAUGGUAAGCCGGAUACGGGGGCUGCGGUGCAUGUGGGUGUGUCCAAGACUGCGGUGGGUAUGCUGGGGAUGAUUGUCAUGUCGGCGUUUGCUGGUGCGCUGUUGUAG